GUAAAAAGUAUUUGGCAAUCAGUGCACGUGGUACAAUUGUACAGAGUAUUUCGUUUUGUAUCGUUUACAAAAAAUAAAUAUAUGUCUCAAAUGUGUCGCGUUUUGUUUAUAUUGAUAUUUGCCGGUGUGUUUGCCCAGGGGCUCAGUUUUGAAGUCAACUUCCAGGAAUCCUAUCCCACACACUUUUUGAGUUCGGAUGACGAAUCUAUUCUGCAUAAACGAGCGCCGAACGUGCCUCAGUUUUUCGACCAAGCAAGUUUUAGCUUCGAUGGCCUGACGCGAGUGUCUUCCGUGCCCGUGUCUUUUCCCCUGGACAUUUGCAUGCUCCAAUUGCCCACAGUUAAGUAUGCUACAGCACUACACAAAGAUGCCACUGGACUGCGUCACUUUGCCGUGUUCACCUGGCGGCCAGCAGAGAAGGAUUAUCAGCUCCUCGUGGAGCUGGCUGCCCCGCAAGCGGUGGCUCUGGAUUGCCUGGCCUUCGCUGGACGUGGCUACGUGGCUGUGAGCUACAACCUCACCGAACCCGUGGGCCAGGCUCGUGAGGGAUCACCCAUCUACGAGAUUUCCCCGGAAACGGGAAUACGGACAGUGCAGUACUUUUCGGGAACACAACUGAGGGGAAUGUACUUGAGGAUCAGCAGCCAGGAGCUGACUCUGCUGCAGGCCUUCGAAGAGGAAGCAAGCUGUCCGUACUUCAAGUGGAUGGGCAUGAGUUUCCAGCGACUGGGAGCGAUUCCCUGCAGCAGUGCUCGGCGACUAGAGGCCUUUGGCAUCGACUACACCGACUACGUGGCCGUGGCCAACUAUGCAGAUGCAGAGGGACGUACUGCGACUCGCUCGGAGAUUUUUAGGUGGGAUGCCAAGUCCCAGAGAUUUCAGCUUUUCCAACGACUGCGCAGCAAUGGAGCCGUGGACGUAAAGUAUUUCAGUCUCCCAGUGAACGAGGUCAGCCGCAGGCACUUCCUCAUCCUGAGCAACACAAUUGGAGGAUCCAGCUCCGGAGUGGGAGAAGCAGACACUGUAAUCUAUGUCUUCGAAAAGGGUCAGUUUGUGCCCUAUCAGCGGUUGAGCUUCUAUGCAGUGGAAAGGGUUCUGCCAGUUCAGCACUCUAUCUCCGAGAAGUUUCUACUCCUGGUGGCCUGUAAUAAGCAGGAUGUCAAGAUUUACAACCUCAACGACUGGAGAUUUGAGGAAUCCAAGGUGCAGUUCACGGAAGGAGCUUUGAGCCGUGGAGUGGCCAGAAUGAGAAGCUAUGAGGAGGGGGAUUAUAGCUAUUUGGUGAUUGCCAAUGAGAACAUGGCUGCCAAUGAGACGAACAUAUUCCAACCGCUAUACAAACAGGAUGAGCAUGCCAAUAUACUCCGCCAGCAAAUCAUUGAUUGGGCUCGGGACCAGAGAAAGCGAUUGGAGCAGGUGAAUGUAGAGCAGCUUUUGAAGAGACUGGAGGAAAAGCUGAAGCAGCGUGAGGAGAAACUAGGGUGGUCAGAAAUUAAAGAAGUGAAAGCGAAAUCGUUUGAGGAUAAGCACAUGAAGCUAACACCGAACUACUGGAAAGCUCUACAGCUAACCAAGCAGGCUUUGGAUGCAAUCGAAGAGAAAAUAAUUCCUGCCAGCACAAGACAUCCCGUCAAGAGAUCGGUGGACAGGCUACAUGAAGAACACGAUUUCGAGGAGGUCACAGUGGACACUCUGGUGGUGCACGGAACCGUAAAAGCAGACCAUAUCAAUAGAGUUGAUACGAAAAACCAUGUUUACGAGUCCGUGACGGCCAGUAAAGUAUAUGUAAGCGAGAAGUACACCGAACCUUUAAGAAAACAAAGGAAACCCCUGCUAGAGGAACUGACAGUGAAGGAACUGCAACUAGAGGGUAGGCUCAAUGGUCUCAAGUGGUCAGAGCUUCAGGAUCAGACCCUAAAACGCAUCGGCAAGGAGGUGCAGUUCAUCAAGGCAGCCGUGGACUUGGACCAUUUCCAAGCGGAUGCUGUGCAGGUCAACAGCAAUGAGGUUAACGAUCGCCCGGUGGGUCAGCUCAUCCCGGUGGAUGGUGGAGACUUCGUAGUUCAACAGGACGUGCAGUUUGCGCAGCCUAUCCAGGUGAAUCGACUGCUCAUCAACCAGCGACUUAACCACAUCCAUGUCGAUCGUCAGCGUUUCGAUGUGUUACUCAGGCAGGCCAAUCACACGCAGGUAAUCGAGGGUGCCAAGCGAUUCGAGAAUGUGCGUGUCAUGGAACCAAUUACCAUUGCGGGUCAAAUGAUGGGCGCUGAACUGAGAGCCAUGUCACCGGCAAAGGUCAAUCACAAAUCGCUGCAACUCCAGGGGGACUUUGUCAUAGAAGGUGAUGUGACCAUUGGACGCCUGUUGCAAAUGAGUGAUUUCGUAGACGAGCCCACUCAGCGAUCAGCAGCUGAAUCUUUGAUUAGGGGCGUGCGAUUGGAUCAACUUGUAGAGAAUGUUAAUCUGAACUUUUUACAACCACUCAUCGCCAACAACACGGAACUGAGCUUCCUCAACACGCAAGAUUUGCAAAAUCUGGUCCAACUAAACGUGGGUAAAGUGCAGUUGGUGCAGGCCAGUAAGAUAUUUCCGCAAAAUGUGGAGAUAACCGAUGGCUUCGGUGAGGUCAAGUGGUUGAAUGGCGUUGAUACGGAAAAGCUACCAAACAUGCUGCUAUCCAAGAGUGGCAACCAAACUAUUUCCACUCCAAUGCAACUGCAUGGCUUGGAAGUGGACGAGUUGAAUUCAUCCCAGUUCUUAUUAAAUGGCUUGGGAUUGGAGGACUAUCUUCAGGUUAACAAGGAUCAGAAGUCAAAUGGAACCCUGUUCGUAGACAACUUGGAUGCUGAGGAGUUGAGCGUGGAAGAUCUGCACCUCAAUGGCCUCCUCUUUGGCCAACCACUAUCCUCCAUCUAUGAGCAUGGAAGCAAGUCCCUGGACAGCUGGCAUCUGCCACCCGACUUCAAUGGCACCCUCCAUGCUCAGAACCUGUGGCUCAGUGGCGAGCUUAACCAGGUGAACGUCGUCCACUUGGAGCAGCAGUUGCAGCAACUGGCGGGAAACAUUAAAUAUGUGGGUGACAUUAGCUUCGAGCACGAUGUUAACAUCAGUUCACUCAGCUUUGAAAACUCCCUGAAUGGAAUUGAAGCCCAUAGGUUUGGUCGUUGUUGGCUGGAGUCCGAGGGAGACCAGAAUUUCACGGCUCCCCAGGAGCUGGCCUCGCUGGACAGCAGCAAAGGCGUCUGGCUAAGUGGACAACUGAACAACCAUACCCUGGAAGACCUGGUCAGCUGUAGCUACAGGCUUAAUGGAUCGGAGCACCUGCAAGCAGUGCGAUUUGAGAAUCCCAUUGUAUUGCAAUCGGAGCUACAGUUGGGCAAAGUGAAUGGACUUCGUGUGCCGGAGGAUAUUAUUUACCAUAUUGGUGGGGGCUACCUCUCUGCUCCAGUUAGCAUAGAAGGUAACUUGGAGGCAGCAGAGACGUCUAACAUAACCAACCUGAACGGUUAUCCACUGGCGGCGUUGGAGAAGUACUUAAGUGGACAAACACUGGACACUUUUCUGGCAGAGAAUGUGAAGUUUGGCGGAGGAGCACCCUCUUACAAGCUGCUGAAUGGCCAGGAGCUGGGCAAACUGCUGGAUCAAGUGUGGCUAGACAAUGAGCAGAUUGAGCUGAGAGGAUUGGAAUUGGAUUCCGGUCAAUUUAAGGGCCUGCUGGAGUUCCAGGGAGCCAUUAAUAAGCAGCAUGUGGACCACAUCAGGCACAACUAUUUCAGCCGGACGCGCAGCAAUCAGAUGAAAACUCCCCUGAGCUUCCAGCAUGACGUCACGUUCGUACAGCCUCCAGUCGCCAAAUACGUGGAACUGCGACGUGGCACAAGUGACGUUUUAAUGGAGGGCCGCGGCAGCAACUUCUCACUGGAUUUCAACGACAUUGUAGCCCACACGUUAAAAACUGGCGGAGAACAUGCCAUCAGUGGAAAAUGGGAACUGGCAAACGUUUCGGUCUCGGGAGAUUUAAAGAAUGUCCUGAUAAAUCAGUUGAACUUAGCUGAUGAUAUAGUAAGAAUACCCGAAAAUAACAAGAGUAGCAAUCCCUUGACCGUUGAGGCACUGAAAACCGUCACUAGCGCCACUAUAAACCGCCUGCAUAGUACACCCGGAAGUCGAGUGGCGGAGGUUCCAUUGGUCCAGUGGAUCAAUGAAGCAGCCUAUAUCUAUGGGAAUCACAGUGUUUCCGGCACUACCCGCCUGGACAAUGUGAAUCUCUACAAUGAUCUCACCGUAAAGGGAACAGUAAAUGGAGUCCUCUGGCAGCCGGAUAAGCUCCUUCUGCGGGACAAAGAGCAAGAUGUUCGAGGAUCCCUGCUGGUGGCCAACAGUCUGCCUGAGAGCCGACGAAUUUUCAGCAACAAUGUGGAGAACCUUUGGGUGGAUUCCGUCAAUGGGCUGCCGGUAAAUGAGUUGCUGGACAACAAGGCCCAGAAUCGUCCAGAUCUUCACGUUGAAAGCCAACUGAUCUUCACCCAGCCACUAACAGUAGGUCUCUAUGAGGUCAGCAAUGGAAAUGGUCUGCUGGAUAAGUACUACAAAAGAAAGCGGGGCAUCGACGCGAUUGCCAACGAGGCUUGGCAGCAGUUGCAGGAAAACGUAGCAGCUGUAAGGAACAGAUUGGACAAGCCACCAAAAGUGCUGGAAAACUUCGCCCUUCUGCAGAAACUUCCUCAUAAGGCCUCAGCCUUGAAGAUAAUCUCCUCAAACAACAUCGAUACACUUGCCAUUUGGGAGCAGAAAUCGAACAAUGCAAUCCUUUAUACCUGGCAACCGGAUAGGCAGCUCUUCGCACUCAAUUCAAGUUCGUCAGCACUGACACAGCUCAAUAAGCAGAACUUGGAUACCAAGGAUGGGGAGACCUCAAACAAAUUCGAGUUUGGACAACUCGGGUUUCAGUGCAGGGGACUUCAAAAAGCCAACCAUAUUGUAAUCCAAUGCCUAGAUAAACAGAACAACAGCAGGGAGGCAAUCUUGGACAGACGGGAUGUAAAACAGCUGUUGGCAGUCGCCGAUACAGAUGACAUGCCCAUUUUACUGAGGACCUCCAGAGCUGUGGAGCUUUGGAAAUGGAGCAAUGGCAAUUACAACCUAGAGAGCAGACUGGUAGAUGGGCAGGUGGAGCAAAUAGAGCGGAUACUACAAGAAGCCGGCAUGGAGAGCGGUUAUGUUGCUUUCUUGGCUUCAACACCAGCAGCAGAGAUUCGCAUUUACAGCUUUAACAGCGGCGACAUGAGUGACUUCCAACUGGACCAGGUCCUUGGGCUACAGGAUUCGCGUCAUCCUCGUCAAAUGCGGUUUAUGCAUUUGCCGGAGUCGGCGGAUCUGCUGCUCUGCGUAUCUAAUGUGCUGCCACAACAACCGCUCACCAUCUACCAGCAUCUUGGAGCGGCUGGGUUCCAGCAAAUCCUCGGCGACAGUGCUCUGCCGAAGGCCCGUGCCUUGGAAGUGCUCCAGCUGCCCAGCCAUGAGCUUCACCUGCUAUCCAUGGCCACGGAGGAGGCCGUAUACUUGCUGCAGCCGCAGUUUACCACACUUUAAGGCACUUUUGUUUUGUUUUUUCUAAAUAAAAAUUACUUUUUAUUAACCGUA